GGCCUUUUUAACUCAUGUAUGAUACCUUUGGAGCUAUGUUGUGCAACACAUAGCAGACCACAGGACAAUAUUAGCGGCGCAUUAAGUAACAUCCUUACAAGUUACACACAUGCCUAUUAGCGGCUCGACAGUCUAGAAGUAGAAGCCACGUGAUUAGAGUUAUGUUAGUUAUACCGUCUACUCAUGUAAUAGUUAACUAAAACGUGAUAUGUAAAUCCUAAAAUUUCAAGAAGAUUUUUUGCAAGAACCUGGCAACUCUGCAUUCUAGUUAUUUACAAGUGUAGCAGCAACGCAAUGGGUAAAUAAUUUCAACUAAGUAGGGUUUGCUUUAGAUGAAUCCAUACCACGAACUUAAGCCUCUUAUUCUUAAUAGAACAGAGUGAACAAUGCCUGGGGGAAGAAGGGGCCUAGUUGCACCUCAGAAUACAUUCUUGGAUAAUAUCAUUCGGCGUUGUAAUUCAUUGCCGGACUGUAGUUUCCUGUUGGGUAACGCUCAGAUAGUGGAUUAUCCAGUGGUCUACUGCUCGGAAACAUUCUGCAAAAUCGCCGGGUUUAACAGGGCUGAAGUGAUGCAGAAAAGCUGUCGGGCUAACUUCAUGUAUGGGGAAAUGACUGACAAGAAUACGAUAACCAAAGUUGAACAGUGCCUAGAAAACCAAUCUUUGGACCAAUUUGAAAUUCUACUCUAUAAAAAGAAUCGAACACCAUUAUGGCUUCUUCUUCACAUUGCACCUAUAAAAAAUGAAAAGGACGUUGUGGUGCUGUUUCUGCUGACGUUCAGGGACAUCACGGCUCUAAAGCAGCCUCUGGAAGACGAAGCUGCUAAAAGUACAGUUCUGAUGAGUGGCUUGAGCAAGUUUGCCCGUUUAGCCAGAUCAGUCACCAGGAGUCGCUCUGUCAUUGUUCAGCAGUUUUCAUCACAUCUACCUGUUGUAAAGUCGGAGAAUGCAAAACAGUCACAACUGGGCCAGGUGAUGAGCCUGAAUCCUGAUGUCACCUUACAGUACCGUCAAGAAGCUCCCAAGACCCCUCCACAUAUUCUUCUUCAUUAUUGUGCUUUCAAAGCCAUCUGGGACUGGAUUAUUCUCUGUCUAACCUUCUACACCGCCAUCAUGGUGCCCUACAACGUGGCUUUCAAGAGUAAAAGCAAUGAAGACGUGAGCUUUCUUGUGCUUGAUAGUAUUGUUGAUGUCAUCUUCUUCAUCGACAUCGUCCUCAACUUUCAUACUACUUUUGUAGGUCCAGGCGGAGAAGUUGUUUCUGACCCAAAAAUCAUCAAGAUGAAUUAUCUGAAAAGUUGGUUCAUUAUUGAUCUUCUAUCUUGUCUCCCGUACGACGUCUUUAACGCAUUUGAUCAAGAUGAUGAUGGGAUUGGGAGCCUGUUCAGUGCUUUAAAAGUCGUAAGGUUACUUCGACUUGGAAGAGUUGUACGGAAACUCGAUCGUUACUUGGAGUACGGGGCGGCCAUGUUGAUACUUCUUCUGUGUUUUUACAUGUUAGUUGCUCAUUGGUUAGCCUGCAUUUGGUACAGUCUUGGUCGCAGUGACGCAGAAAAUGCUUUUGUAUAUAGCUGGUUGUGGAAACUCUCGAAUGUUACUCAAAUACCAUUUUACUUUCACAUUUCCAACGAAUCUUUCGAAACUGAACUGAUCGGAGGCCCUCCACGAGGUACCAUGUACGUUACUGCCCUCUACUAUACUAUGACAUGCAUGACAAGUGUUGGAUUUGGAAAUGUGGCAGCCGAAACGGACAACGAAAAAGUUUUUAGUAUAUGUAUGAUGAUAAUAGGAGCGUUGCUGUAUGCUACUAUAUUUGGCCACGUGACCACUAUAAUCCAACAGAUGACGUCAGUAACAGCACGUUACCACGAAAUGUUGAAUAACGUGCGUGAGUUCAUGAAGCUACACGAAUUACCCAAAUCACUUAGCGAGCGCGUGAUGGAUUACGUCGUAUCCACCUGGGCAAUGAACAAAGGGAUAGACACUAAAAUGGUACUAAGUUACUGUCCGAAAGAUAUGAUGGCUGACAUCUGUGUUCACCUAAACCGAAAAGUGUUCAACGAACACCCAGCUUUCCGGUUGGCGAGUGAUGGAUGUCUACGGGCUCUUGCCAUGUAUUUCAGCAUGGACCACAGUGCUCCUGGCGACCUGUUGUACCACACUGGAGAAAGCAUUGACACACUAUGUUUCGUAGUGGCUGGAUCACUCGAGGUUAUUCAAGAUGACGAAGUAGUUGCCAUUUUAGGAAAAGGCGAUGUUUUCGGGGAUGUUUUUUGGAAAGAACCUACGAUCGGUCAGUCUUGUGCUAACGUCCGGGCCCUGACAUACUGUGAUAUACACUCCAUCAAGAGAGACAAGCUUCUAGAGGUUCUCAACUUUUAUCAUGCCUUCGCCAAUUCUUUUGCGAGAAACCUUGUUCUCACAUAUAAUCUCAGGCAUCGGUUGAUUUUUCGCAAAGUUGCUGACGUUAAGAGAGAAAAAGAAUUAGCAGAGAAACGGAAGAAUGAACCUCCGCAAGACCUCUCUCAGGAUCACUUGGUUCGAAAACUGUUCAACCGGUUUAAGAAAACCGGUCCUGAGAAAGCGGUCGGCGGCAACCAAGUUGGAGCAUCUCUUGCAACUGAUGUGGAAAAAGGAGAACGUUCCUCAGCUAGCGCUACUGACAACGGAAGCGAAAAGAAUAAAAAUGCCACAGUGAAAGUAUUCAGUAUUUCGGAAGUUGGAGAGAAAGCUGAUAAACCAGAAAGGACUUCAAAAUGGGGUUCUUUUAAAGCCACAAGUAGUGAUCACGAAGGUAGGAAUAACAAAGAAAACCAGAUUGAUUCUGAAAAUCAAUCGUUGACCAAUCGGGGGGAAGCUGUUGCUAAAAAGAAUGACUCUUUUCAAAUAAGUAAUGAUGCAAAGCCGGGAUCAGGGACAGGGAGUAAAGGUUUCGGAAAGUUGUCUAAGAUUCUGAGUAGUCGUCAGGAAACAAUUGAAGAGGCUAGUGAACCAAACUUACACCAAUCUACUCCAAAACGAAAAGAUGCAGAAUCAUCUAGUUGUGGAAAUUCAAAUACAAAUGUCAGUAAUGUAAAGAUUAGUUAUCAAAGAAAUCUGCACGUUGAAGAUCAAACAUCUGUUAAUAAAGAACGAAGUAGUGACAGUGGAACUUUUCCGAGUGAUGUGUUCGAUCCCCGUAGUAUCUCUAAUACAGACUAUCAGCAGAUUAUAGCCAAUCUUAUGGACUUACGGGUGGACCUCAAACUUGAAAUUCAAAAAAUUAGCAAUAAAAUGACUCGAAUAGACGAGCAAGUAACUGAACUAUUAAAACAAUUCGCCCAUAACUCUGGGCUUUCCAGUAGCCCAAUUCCUCUUUCAAAAGGUGAAAAUACUUUUCAUUUAGAACUGAAACCUUUGAAAGGAUCUCAGAACUCUUCAGAGCAUUCCAAGCAUAUUUGCUCUCACCAUGGGUCUUUCAAAAGAAAAAGUGUUCAUGGAAAGGCGAAGGCAAAGUCCCCUUCACCACGAGCCUGCUCUUCGGAUUCGACAGUUCGGGCAAUGCUAGAGACUGAGAUAGAUGAACAAGGAAAGGAUGGCAGCCUUUCUCCGUUACCACAUAUUGAAAGGAGAGAGAAAAAGUAG